AUGGAGGUAAAAAAAGAGAAAAUUCGAUACAUUCUUCAGUAUCACUACGACCAAGGUGAAAAGGCAGAGCAGGCGGCCAAAAAAAUUUGUGCUGUUUAUGGACCCAAUACAGUAUCAAAUGCAACAGCAAAGCGGUGGUUUCAACGAUUCCGUUCUGGUAAUAUGGACGUCGAAGAUGAGGCAUGCUCUGAUAGGCCAAUCGUCGAAAAUGUCGAUAAAAUCAUGGAAAUCGUCGAGUCGGACCGGCAUGUGAGCACUUAUUUCAUUGCCCAGGAACUGAAAAUUAACCAGAAAAUUGUUUGGAACCAUUUGCAUAAGGCUGGUCUCAAGAAGAAACUUGAUGUAUGGGUGCCACACGAAUUGACGCAAAAGAACCUUUUGGACCGAAUUGAUGCCUGCGAUUCUUUGCUGAAACGUAACGAAAUCGACCCAUUUUUGAAGCGGAUGGUAACUGGUGAUGAAAAAUGGGUUACAUACGAGAAAAACAGCCGAAAAAUAUUGUGGUCUAAUCGCGGUGAGCCGGCCCAAACGAUUGCCAAGCCCGGAUUAACGGCCAAGAAGGUUUUGCUGUGUGUUUGGUGGGAUUGGAAAGGAAUCAUCCACUAUGAGCUGCUCCCAUCGGGCCAAACACUCAAUUCGGACCUCUAUUGUCAACAACUGACCAGAUUGAAGCAGGCGAUCGACCAGAAGCGGCCAGAAUUUGCCAAUAGGAAGAAUGUUGUGUUCUAUCAAGACAACACUAGGCCACACACAUCAUUAACGACGCGCCAGAAGCUCCGAGAGCUUGGAUGGGAGGUUCUAUUGCACCCGCCGUAUAGUCCAGACAUGGCACCAAGCGAUUAUCACCUUUUCAAGCAUUUGCAAAUUUUUCUUGAUGGUACAAAACUGGCCUCAAGAGAGGCUUGUGAAAAUGAGCUGGUCAAGUUUUUUACCAAUAGAGACGAGGACUUCUUCAAUCGCGGAAUUAUGAAAUUGCCUUCAAAAUGGACAAAAGUUAUCGAACAAAACAGCGCAUAUUUGAUCUAA